AUGAGGUUUAUGCUCAAUGAAGUUGUCAUUAAGGGAAGGUAUAAUAUUUCUCUUAGCAGACAAAUGGCUGCUGACCAUUUGCAAGAGAUUGCAGAGCAAGGGUCCUAUGUGCAGCCUUUAUCUUUUGGCCUGUGCAUGCACCAGCAUGCUCCGUUCAGAGAUGCUCUAAGCCUCCACUUUGAGCAAACUUACUUAGAGCCGGUCUACAGCCACAGAUACAGUGGGUGCUUCUCCUACAUGCACUUCCCGACACACCUGAGCAUGUACGACUACUCCUUUGAACCUGCAUUCAUCCGUAAACGCAACGAGCGCGAAAGGCAGAGAGUCCGUUGUGUGAACGAGGGCUAUGCACGGCUCAGAGAGCACCUGCCUCAAGAGUUUGAGGAUAAAAGGCUGAGUAAGGUGGAGACGUUACGUGCAGCCAUCAGUUACAUCAAACAUCUGCAGAAUCUCCUGGAGCUCCGGCUGCCAGAUGCCAUGAUGGAGCUGUCACCUGGGAGCACGAGAGGAAGUGAAGCUGUGAGGCAGCUCACAGAGUGUAACAGUGAUGGAGAGUCUAAACACAGCCUGAGUGACAACGGGGAACCAUGCUACUGA